AUGGGUGCAGUUAUGGCGGUGAAUAUUAGGGGGGCCAGCUUGAUCAUCGCAGUCGAUCUGCAAUCUCGGCGAUUGAAGUUGGCUAAGAAAUUAGGAGCUAGCCAUGCUGUUGUUGGCUUGGAUGAGGAUGUCUUUGCACAGAUUCAGAAGAUCUCGGGGUCAAAUGGUGUGGACUACACCGUUGACUGUGCUGGUAUACCCCAGGUGGUUGAAAAAGUUUUGGACUGCCUUGGAACUCGUGGAAAAGCAGCAACUAUGCUACCUUAUCUUAUUGAGCAACAUGCAAAUGCCAACUUUCCUCUUGAUGAGAUUGUGUCAUUCUAUCCAGUGAAGGACUAUGGGACUCCGUUCAAGGAAAUCAAAGAUGGCGAGGAAUUGAAGGCUGUUCUUUUCUGGAAUAAGCAAGUUAUACUGGGGAAAUAUUAA